AUGGCCACUACCCCUCUCCCCGUUCCUUUCUGGCAUGAGGCGAGGAGCAUUACAAUCGUGGCGGCGCCAGCAGACCUUCAAGCAGCAUUGCCGGCGAAGAACAUGACCCAAAUGAACAGCCAGGAUGCAGUACCUGGUGAAGAAUCUGACUACGAAGCUCUACCUCCAAACUAUGGCUUGAGCCACAAGACGAAGAGAGAUGAAAAGGAGGAGGAAGAAGACGAGUUGGGCUGGAACGAGAAGAUUUCAGAGCAGCAUUGUGAAAAAAAGGCAGAGCCAAAAUCCUCUCCCGGAAACUAG